GGAUUAAACGAGGAAGCGGACGUUCUCGGAACAGGACGGAGCUAACAAAGCCAGCUAGGACAAGUAGCCAAACAACAGACAUCUGCUUCACCAACCGCACAGUUACAUAUACACUGCAGGUUAAUGUUCACGCAGCAGGGCAGGGUGCUGCCAUGUUGACCGGGCCGGUUGAAUUUGGAGGCUCUUCCUUCCUCCAGGCUGACGAUGUCGGAGGAGCUCGCUAGUUUCGCCUGAGCUGCUGCUGCUGCUUCUCGAGUUGGCUGCUGUUGGACACGCAGCUCGUGGGAUGGCUAUGCAUGGCGUGUCCCAGGACCCCUCACACGGUGUAGGGGAAGUGGGGGAGCUGGCACACACUUUAUCUAAAGAGACCCUCGGUUCUCCAGAUGCCUCUGAGUUGGGGAGCCCGCGGUGUACGCCAAACUUUGACCUCUUCAACAUGGUUGUGUCCUAUAAGAGAAUGGCUCUGUUUCUAGAACCAGCUGCAGAUGCAGUGGAGCUGACCCGCUUCCUGCUUGGAUGGAAGAUGCCACUGUGCUCUCUGCUUGUCUGUAUGUUCCUCAAUGUCUUCUUCUGCACUGUUAAUGAAGUGGGUUGGAUUACAGUGGGUGUGGUGGCGGUGGCAACGCCUGCGGCCUUGGGUUACCUGCAGGACAGGUGUGGGGGAAGAGCCUCAGAUUCUGAGCUCCACAGGAGGCGCUAUCACGCUGUGCACCGCAGGGACCUGGAGACAGUACAUCUCACCAAACAGGAAGCUAUGCUGGAAGUCAAAGACCUGUUGAAGCACAUGGAUGACCUGCUGUCCUCUGCCUGCCUGUCAGCAGAAACUUUUUACAAGGUCCUGUACUGGGACAAUCACACCAAGUCUUCAAGGUUCUAUGGAGGGAUGUUAACAUUGGUGUGCCUGCUCUACAUCACUCCUCUGGGCUGGGUGCUCGCUGUGCUCAACAGCGCCAUCUUCCUGUGGAACAGGGACUUCUGCAGAGUGUUGUUGGACCUUAGGAACCUGCUCCACAUGGGCCAGGCCUCAGAGGGAAAGUGUGCCGAACGCGGACCCGGCCACUUGUUGGACAGGACCCCCACACCAACUAGUCUGGAGGACCUGUCUCCUGGCAGCGUGGAGGAAGCUGAGGAGGCAGAGCCUGAUGAUGAAUUUAAGGAUGCCAUUGAGGAGGAUGAUGAUGGGCCUCUUGGAGCUCCUGAGUAUGACACCGUCUCUGAAAAUGGUCUCUUGAGCCGCAACGAACCAAUACGCAGCAAAGUGUCUAAACUGACGGAGAAACUGCGUAAACGCUACCCCACCACCAGCACAGGCAACUGUUCUAACUGCAACGCGGUCUUCUCUGUGCUGAAGAAAAGGAGGAGCUGCAGUAACUGUGACAGCUUCUGUUCCCGUUGCUGUUCCUUCAAGGUGCUGAGGUCUUGUCAUGGGGCAACAGCUCCAGAGGCCCAGAGAGAGACUGUGUUUGUUUGUGCUGCCUGUAAUUCCUCUCUCAUCAAGUUAUAGUGAGAUGUCUGGGGGCCAUUCACUGUUCGUACUCCCCGAGCCCUCCAAGUUACUGAAUCCCUAAAACAUGCCUUUCUUUUCUAGUUAAGGCACUUAUAUCUGUGAGGAACCCCCCCCCCCCCCUUUUUUUUGCCUUUAGCAGUAGCAUCCCUCCUAAACUACUUGUGUUGCAUAUGGGACUUCUACGGUAAUGUGUUAAAUAUUUCCUGUUUCAACUCUCAAUGAAGAACUGGACCUCCUUGAAUCAAUGAGACUGGCUUCAGAGCACCGCGGCUCCAAGAUCAAAGGACUUGUUCCCUUUGCUGAGCAGGGGGAGGUGCACACUGUGAAGGUUUGGGCUGGUGGUGUCUGGUUUAUAGGCUGCUGAUGGUUUUACAGGCGUUGCCUCGCCACACAAGUCAAAUAUGGAUUUCUUCAACCCGCAGUUGAACUGUUCUGUAACGCUGGGAGGACUAAGACCCAAAAGUUUUAAUUUGGUUUGUUCAGAUGAACAAAAUAAUGGAUGCACGACCAAAUGAAGCUCUAUGAUUGACAAUACUGGCUGGUCACCAAUACACUUUACCCUGUAGCUGGUCAACAAUGUCAUGUGAUUAGUUCUGGGUUGGUCCAGGUCAUUGGGGACAAUGUUUUUGUCCCCCACCUGCUUGAGGAGCUCACAAGACAUAAGGGGAAAAAUAUGACAUUCCAUAAAACAAUAGUAACUCUAUGGCAGAACACUACAUUUUAGACAAGUUGCCAGUGGUGGGGUUCUGGAGGAUAUUGAACGUGGCUUUGAUUACUUGUUGAAAUUGAAGCAGCGUCAUUGUCGUCGUCCUUUUUCCUGUGUGAGUUUUGGAGUAAAGCAGCAGCCUAUAAGUCAGACUCAGAUCCCUGGAGCCUGUGCUUUUCCUCUAACUGGAUCCAAGUCGACCCAACUGGAAAUAUAGUUGAUUUAAAUGGACUAACAACCAGCUGAAAUCGUCAUCAGAGCCUCACUCUCUUGCAAGCAGGACUUAAAAGAAUUGACGUGAAGGCGCCGUAUCCCAAAAUGUGGAUCGUGGUGGUUGUUUUAAACAUGAUUCAGACACAUGAUUGUAAUAGUUUGCUUUGCUUUUAUUGUAAUUCCCAUAUACACUGUUACUUUGUUGUUCCCCUAUAGCUAAUAUAUUUAAUUUAAAUCUUCAGAAAGUGCAAGUCAUUAUUUGACCUAAUGAUCAAGUCUGUAUAUAUUGCCCUUAUUUUAUGAAUGAAUUAUGCCACUGUUGAAAUAAACUCAUGGUUGAUGAUUUCAUCAACUUAAAAGUGA